CAUAAAACAUUGUGUUUUUCUGUUGAUUUAUACACACUUGAUAAUCAUUAAAGCAUAAAAGCAGGGCUUUUUCUGGAAUUACACAAAAUUUUCAUCAAGGUUCUGAAGGCAAAGAUCUGAAAACCAAUUUCAUGGCAAUGCUGAGAAGUCUGUUGCUGUUUUUUAUCGUGUUCUCCAUGGGAGAUGCGGAUGAUACAUGUCAGUAUGGAUGGACACAAUUUGGAAGCCGAUGCUACAAGUUCAUCUUCUUCCACGAAACCUGGAUCACAGCGGAGUCGAGAGGAAAAUGAUUUUCUGCUGGAACUGCUGCCUUCUACUACUACACAAUGUUGGCUUGGUAAUCAAGAUGCUGCAGAAGAAGGACAGUGGUUGUGGAGUGAUGGAACCCCAUAUGACUACAGCAACUGGUGCUCUGGUGAACCUAACAAUCUAAAUGUGGAGAACUGUGGAGAGCUCAACUGGGCCUCUGACCAUUGCUGGAAUGAUGAAAGCUGUUCAAACUCAAUGGGCUAUGUUUGUGCCAAAGACCUCUGAGAUCAUACGCAGUCAUCCUGCCCUGCAGUUACUUUGUGCUACAUUUAAAGUUUCUGAACUGCUCUUUAUGAAAUGUUUUCAGCCUUGAUCUCUUCAUGUUGUGGGGUUUAAUAAAUCAUAGUUUGUAGAA